UGUCGACCCUCCGGGACUAGCGCCCGCAAUCCUUUUCCCACAGUGCUCUGCGCCGUGAAGAAGCGGCUCCCGAGCGCUGGGGGCAUUUUGUGUUGGCUGGAGCCGGGGUAACAAGAUGGCGGCGUCGGCGGAGUGACAGGGGUACCCCCGGGGCGGGAGCCGGCGGCAGUGGUGGCAGCGGUAUCGCCGCCCUAACUCACCGCUCUCCUUUUCCAGCCCGCGACGUCGCCGCGAAAGUGAGGCAGCGGCGGCCGCCAGAAGCAAGUGGCCCAGCCUGGUUACCGUGAGAACCCCCUCAACAAUCUGCGGCCUGGCAAAAAGAAACCUGACAGCAGCGGUGAUUAGGUUCCCCUUGGCCGACUCUGGGCCCUGUAACGCCAAGAAAAGAGCCAGCGUUUUCUGCUUCCUGCCUCCCUCCGGAGCCUUGCUCCGUGGACGAGCCCUAGAGGUCUCCCGUUCUCCCCUUAGAGGUGUCGGGGCUUAGCCCCAGCCUCCAUCUUCGUCUCGCAGGAUGGCGAGCAGCAGCGGCUCCAAGGCCGAAUUCAUUGUCGGAGGGAAAUAUAAACUGGUACGGAAGAUCGGGUCUGGCUCCUUCGGUGACAUUUAUCUGGCGAUCAACAUCACCAACGGCGAGGAAGUGGCAGUGAAGCUAGAAUCUCAGAAGGCCAGGCAUCCCCAGUUGCUGUACGAGAGCAAACUCUAUAAGAUUCUUCAAGGUGGGGUUGGCAUCCCCCACAUACGGUGGUAUGGUCAGGAAAAAGACUACAAUGUGCUAGUCAUGGAUCUUCUUGGACCCAGCCUUGAAGACCUCUUCAAUUUCUGUUCAAGAAGGUUCACAAUGAAAACUGUACUUAUGUUAGCUGACCAGAUGAUCAGUAGAAUUGAAUAUGUGCAUACAAAGAAUUUUAUACACAGAGACAUUAAACCAGAUAACUUCUUAAUGGGUAUUGGGCGUCACUGUAAUAAGUGUUUAGAAUCUCCAGUGGGGAAGAGGAAAAGAAGCAUGACUGUUAGUACUUCUCAGGACCCAUCUUUCUCAGGAUUAAACCAGUUAUUCCUUAUUGAUUUUGGUUUGGCCAAAAAGUACAGAGACAACAGGACAAGGCAACACAUACCAUAUAGAGAAGAUAAAAAUCUCACUGGCACUGCUCGAUAUGCUAGCAUCAAUGCACAUCUUGGUAUUGAACAGAGUCGCCGAGAUGACAUGGAAUCAUUAGGAUAUGUUUUGAUGUAUUUUAAUAGAACCAGCCUGCCAUGGCAAGGACUAAAGGCUGCAACAAAGAAGCAAAAGUAUGAAAAAAUUAGUGAAAAGAAGAUGUCCACACCUGUUGAAGUUUUAUGUAAGGGAUUUCCUGCAGAAUUUGCCAUGUACUUAAACUAUUGCCGUGGGCUGCGCUUUGAGGAAGCCCCGGAUUACAUGUACCUGAGGCAGCUAUUCCGCAUUCUUUUCAGGACCCUGAAUCACCAAUAUGACUACACAUUUGAUUGGACAAUGUUAAAGCAGAAAGCAGCACAGCAGGCAGCCUCUUCAAGUGGGCAGGGUCAGCAGGCCCAAACCCCCACAGGCAAGCAAACUGACAAAACCAAGAGUAACAUGAAAGGUUUCUAAGCAUGAAUCAAGGAACAGAAGAAGCAGAGCAGAUGAUCGGAGCAGCAUUUGUUUCUCCCCAAAUCUAGAAAUUUUAGUUCAUUAUGUACACUAGCCAGUGGUUGUGGACAACCAUUUACUUGGUGUAAAGAACUUAAUUUCAGUAUAAACUGGCUCUGGGCAGCACUGGUGAUGCUGUGUCCUGAGUUGUAGCCGCUGUAAUUGUGAAUAUUAACUGAGAUAGUGAAACAUGGUGUCCAGUUUUCUAUUGCAUUUUUUCAAGUGGAAAAGUUAACUAAAUGGUUGACACACAAAUUGGUGGAGAAAUUGUGCAUAUGCCAAUUUUUUGUUAAGAUCUUUUAUUUUGAACUAUACUGCUUUGAGAUCUCAUUUCAGAAGAACGGCAUGAACAGUCUUCAGCCACAGUUGUGAUGGUUGUAAAUGCUCACAAUUGUGCAUUCUUAGGGUUUAUCCAUCCCUGGGGUUUGCAAGUUGUUCACUUAAAACAUUCUUAAAAUGGUUGGCUUCUUGUUUGCAAGCCAGCUGAUAUGGUAGCAACCAAAGAUUCCAGUGUUUGAGCAUAUGAAAGACUCUGCCUGCUUAACUGUGCUAGAAAUAACAGCAUCUAAAGUGAAGACUUAAGAAAAACUUAGUGACUACUAGAUUAUCCUUAGGACUCUGCAUUAACUCUAUAAUGUUCUUGGUAUUAAAAAAACAAGAAAAAAGCAUAUUUGUCACAGAAAUUUAGUUAACAUCUUAAACUGAACAUGUAUGUAUGUUGCUUAGAUAAAUGUAAUCACUGUAAACAUCUAUAUGAUCUGGGAUUUUGUUUUAUUUUGAAAUGGGAGCUUUUUUGUUUACAAGUUCAUUAAAAACUAUAAACUGUU